AUGGAGAAUGAUCAGGAGAAGGGAAAGAAAGUGAUCAAGUAUCGCGGGAUAAGGAGGAGGCCAUGGGGGAAAUACGCAGCUGAAAUUCGCGAUCCAACAAGGAAUGGAGCUCGUUUGUGGCUAGGGACUUUCGACACUGCUGAAGAAGCAGCCAGGGCAUACGAUCGGGCUGCAUAUGCUUUGAGGGGUCAUCAAGCUCUUCUCAAUUUCCCCAAUGAUGGUCAUUAUAGAAAUGCUGAUCCUGCCGGAUCGAGCCUCGAUUUUUCUCAGCUGCCAUCGUCGUCUUCGAUGAACUUGCCCAAUUCUGGGGGAGCUGGAGCUCCUGUUGAAACUCCUGAGUUGGAAGCAUCGCCAAGAGGACAAGAAGAACAAGUCAUUGAGCUCGAGUAUUUGGAUAAUAAGCUGCUGGAGGACCUUCUUGGAUCGCAAUUUCAGAGGCAGGAUCAUAGUAAGCGACCGAAGCUUUCGUAGCUAUCUAAAAUAUUAUUAUGGGAUUCCAGAGAGACCAUUUUCUCGGUAGAAGAAGCAA